CCGUUCGUUUAUUUCCGAUCUAACGGAACACUUUGAUCGAAAGUCAAACGUCAAUAUUUUACAACCUGUUGCAUCUAAAAUACACGUAAGCAACAUCAGCAGCCAUAUUUAUGUAUCAUAUGAUGACAAAUAUGGAAGUUGUUAUGGAAAGUUUCUGAAUAUUGUGACAGCUUAAAGAAUUUUGAACUUUUAAUAUCAAUAUUUGUUUCAAAGUUUCGCGACUUUACUACAACCAUGAUGGCAGCACACGAAACAUGUGAAACUAUUGGACAGAUAUACGACACUUCUGCAAUGACUUAUGUUUCACCACAAUCUACGUCUCCCCCUGUUAUUGGGGGAAUUAUUUACCCCGAGUACGCAACUUCCGAAUGGCAUCAAGUUGAUCCGAAUCGUCAGUCUGAGGUAGUGCAAUAUCAGCCAUAUAUGGGAUAUCAUCCCAGUAGUGCUAUAAAUCAACCAGAACUUAUUACGAAUGGAACUUAUUGGCAAGGAGAAUUUAAUGGACAUGCAACGUUACCUAACUACACUUAUCAUUCAAACGAAAGACUUCAUUCGCCUUCAGAUUACAGUAAUGACAGCAAUCAAGGAAGUCCAACUGGAAAAAGUGGAAAAGCUAAAAGGCGACGUGUUCAGACACAUUCACAAAGAAAAGCAGCAAACAUUAGAGAAAGACGCCGAAUGUUCCAUCUUAACGAAGCAUUUGAUGAGCUCCGAAAACGUUUACCGGCAUUCAAUUAUGAGAAAAGGCUUUCCCGGAUUGAGACACUGCGUCUUGCAAUGACAUAUAUAUCUUUUAUGAAAGACAUUUCUGAUGGUAACGACCCGGAUGACGUUAAACUUUUGAAAUAUCAAACCGCAAUGGAUGAAACAUUAUUUAGGAGUAUGCAAGAACAAAUUAAUGAUACAGACGAAAGCCAUUCACCGUUGUAAUUGUGCACGUGCAUUCCAUGGCAUCUAGUGACGUUCCGGGUGAACUUUUGUGCGUAAUAUUAUAUAUUGAUGAAAAAUAUUUGACCGGGUAACUUUUAUUUAUAUUUAUUAUGACUAGUCAAUCCAUUUCAUGUGUUCAUUAUUUUAUUUAUGAGAAAGCAUUUAAGGAAUAUUUCCUUCUUUUCAUACUGACAGUAGGGGCAUAUAAUGGUUUCAGAUUUACGUUUGUAAACAUGGUAAAAGCGGUUUUAAAAUUUUGGCUUUUGAUUUUACUUGCAUGUCUUUAAAACCACAACAUCGCAUAGUCCUCUUGAUUAGAAUUUUUUAUGUAUAAUAUAUAAUUCAAAGAGCAGACAUUUAUUUUAAAACAUCUUUAUGUAUAUAGCUUUGUUGCCUUAACAACUCGUUUGACCGUCAAUCCAUUAUAUUUUGUAUAAUUGCAAUUAUCACAUGGCAGUUACUCCAACCUGUUAAAUAUGCCUAAAAUACCUUAAUUCGUAUUUUUUGUCAUAAUCUACACACAGCAAGUAACCUUUAUCCAUUUCAUAAAUGAAUACCGCUUACUGAUAUAACGGAAGUCCUCUUGAUUUAUUGAUGUAUUUUUUCUAUUGAAAUUUAAUAUAAUAACUGCAUAAUAAUACAACGUUAUUUGUAUUACUAUUAUAUUUGUUCUAUGUAUUAAAAUGUGUUCAUAUUUACAGUUUAUUAAAAUGUUGCAUUUUU